AUGGCCGCGCCGGCGGGUGAGGAUGCCUGGAGGUGCCGGGGCUGUGGGGACCACACUGCUCCCAGCCAGAGAUUGUACAGGACUGUCAACGAGGCCUGGCACAGCUCCUGCUUCAGGUGUUCGGAAUGCCAGGAGUCCCUCACCAACUGGUACUACGAGAAGGACGGGAAGCUCUACUGCCACAAGGACUACUGGAGGAAAUUCGGGGAGUUCUGCCAUGGGUGCUCCCUGCUGAUGACAGGGCCUGCCAUGGUGGCCGGGGAGUUCAAGUACCACCCAGAGUGCUUUGCCUGCAUGAGCUGCAAGGUGAUCAUCGAGGAUGGGGACGCAUACGCCCUGGUGCAGCACGCCACCCUCUACUGUGGGAAGUGCCACAAUGAGGUGGUGCUGGCGCCCAUGUUCGAGAGGCUCUCCACGGAGUCUGUCCAGGACCAGCUGCCCUACUCCGUCACUCACAUCUCCAUGCCGGCCACCACCGAGAGCCGGCGGGGCUUCUCCGUGUCCGUGGAGAGCGCCUGUUCCAACUACGCCACCUCCGUGCAGGUGAAGGAGGUCAACCGGAUGCACAUCAGUCCCAACAACCGCAAUGCCAUCCACCCUGGGGACCGCAUCCUGGAGAUCAACGGGACCCCCGUCCGCACACUGCGCGUAGAGGAGGUAGAGGAUGCAAUCAGCCAGACGAGCCAGACGCUCCAGCUCCUGAUUGAACACGACCCCGUCUCCCAGCGCCUGGACCAGCUGCGGCUGGACGCACGGCUCUCCCCCCACCUGCAGAACGCCGGGCACUCGCACACCCUCAGCACUCUGGACGUCAAGGAGAACCUGGAUGGGACCCUGAGGAGACGCUCCCUCAGGCGCAGCAACAGCAUCUCCAAGUCCCCCGGCCCCAGCUCCCCGAAGGAGCCCCUGCUGUUCAGUCGCGACAUCAGCCGCUCCGAGUCCCUCCGCUGUUCUAGCAGCUACUCGCAGCAGAUCUUCCGGCCGUGCGACCUGAUCCACGGGGAGGUCCUGGGGAAGGGCUUCUUUGGGCAGGCCAUCAAGGUGACACACAAAGCCACGGGCAAAGUGAUGGUCAUGAAGGAGCUGAUCCGGUGUGACGAGGAGACCCAGAAGACCUUCCUGACCGAGGUGAAGGUGAUGCGCAGCCUGGACCACCCCAACGUGCUCAAGUUCAUCGGGGUGCUGUACAAGGACAAGAAGCUGAACCUGCUGACGGAGUACAUUGAGGGGGGCACGUUGAAGGACUUUGUGCGCAGUGUGGACCCGCUGCCCUGGCAGCAGAAGGUCCAGUUUGCCAAAGGCAUCGCCUCUGGAAUGGCCUAUCUGCACUCCAUGUGCAUCAUCCACCGGGACCUGAACUCGCACAACUGCCUCAUCAAGCUGGACAAGACCGUGGUGGUGGCAGACUUCGGGCUGUCUCGGCUCAUCGUGGAGGAGAGGAAGAAGCCCCCGGUGGAGAAGGCCACCAGCAAGAAGCGGACCCUGCGCAAAAACGACCGCAAGAAGCGCUACACGGUGGUGGGGAACCCCUACUGGAUGGCCCCCGAGAUGCUGAAUGGAAAGAGCUACGACGAGACGGUGGAUGUCUUCUCUUUCGGGAUCGUCCUCUGCGAGAUCAUCGGGCAGGUGUACGCAGAUCCUGAUUGCCUGCCCCGCACACUGGACUACGGCCUCAACGUGAAGCUUUUCUGGGAGAAGUUUGUCCCCACAGACUGCCCCCCGGCCUUCUUCCCCCUGGCCACCAUCUGCUGCAAACUGGAGCCCGAGAGCAGGCCGGCAUUCUCCAAACUGGAGGACUCCUUCGAGGCCCUGUCCCUGUACCUGGGCGAGCUGGGCAUCCCGCUGCCCGCCGAGCUGGAGGAGCUGGACCACACUGUGAGCAUGCAGUACGGCCUGACCCGGGACUCGCCCCCCUAG